CCCGAGCAGCCAGGGGAACCGCACUGAGAAAGAAAGGGGGGAGCCAGAGAGCGGCUUCCGGAGGGUGACAGGGAUACUCUGACACACACAAACACACAGAGAGCCGGCAUCACGGAAGGGAGGGGCUGUCACACCGAACCCGCCCAGACUUCCUCACAGUCCGACGCCGCUCCCAGACAGCAUCUCAUUUGGCAUUUGUGAAUAUUAAUCCAGUUCCACGUCCCUUACAAGUGCCACCAUGGCAACCGCACCUUACAAUUACUCUUACAUCUUUAAAUACAUCAUCAUCGGUGACAUGGGAGUAGGAAAGUCCUGCCUGCUGCACCAGUUUACAGAAAAGAAAUUUAUGGCAGACUGCCCUCAUACAAUUGGCGUUGAAUUUGGCACCCGAAUCAUCGAAGUUAGCGGCCAGAAAAUCAAACUGCAGAUCUGGGACACAGCAGGGCAGGAAAGGUUUCGGGCCGUCACAAGGAGCUAUUACAGAGGUGCUGCCGGAGCACUUAUGGUCUAUGACAUAACUAGGAGAAGCACAUACAACCAUUUAAGCAGUUGGCUGACCGAUGCACGGAACCUCACCAACCCAAAUACUGUUAUCAUCCUUAUAGGAAACAAAGCCGAUCUUGAAGCUCAGAGGGAUGUGACCUACGAGGAAGCGAAGCAGUUUGCUGAAGAGAAUGGUCUUCUGUUCCUUGAAGCAAGUGCAAAAACAGGUGAGAAUGUAGAAGAUGCAUUCCUGGAGGCAGCCAAAAAGAUCUACCAAAACAUCCAAGAUGGAAGCCUAGAUCUGAACGCCGCCGAAUCCGGCGUCCAACACAAACCGUCAGCUCCCCAGGGCGGCCGACUAACCAGUGAGCCCCAACCCCAGAGAGAAGGCUGCGGCUGUUAGUGAUGUCCCCCGGCGACGGCUCGUUUCUUGACCUUUCCCAUUCUGUCUGUCCGAAGCAGUAUUUUCUACUGCCCCCAUUAUCUUCUGUACAUUCUAUUGGUUUAAAUUAAAGGUGGGGGGAGGGGCUCUGCUAAGACGACAGUUUAACAAGAUACUAAACUUCUAAAUAACUAUAGAUGUAUUCAGGUUAAUCUGAGGCAAGUCAAGUAAUAAACACACACACAGAGAAAAAAACCUUUCCUGCAUGGUAAAAUCUAGAACUAUUUUUCUUUUCUUAAUCGUAUUUGUGAUGUUCCAUGAUUUUAACAUAGCACUGAUGCUGGACUUACCUGAUUUGUCACCAGGCCGUCUUACAGCUCCACCUCUCUUGUAAGUAAGUCGUCAUGCUCUGUCUCAGUCGCUCCCCUAGGUUUAUUUGCUGUGAAUAAGUUGGGUGGGCAGUGGAAUUCUGUAAAUGUGGCUAUGCACAAGGUUUCUCCCACUGACCUCGCCCGGAAUUGUCUCCAUGCAAUUCCCGUUGUUAUCAGUAGGGGGCACCACUAAAGGUGCCAUCAGCCUUGCUAUUCAACAGGAGGGUGGGGAUACAACAACGUCUUAAUCUUUCAUAGUAUAUAUAUAUAUAUUUUUUUCUUUUUCUUUUGGGCUUUAUCCUGUGUUUUUAUCUUGGGACUUUAACACGUACAUAUGUAAAGAAGGAGCAGCACUAACACUGACGUACAUCCUGUGUAUAUGAUUUUAACAAAGCCAAUAAAACAGAUACUGGCAUUAGUAUAUAAAGAGAAAUCACUUUGUACAGUAUGUAAGCCUCCCUUUUAGCUAGAACUUACUGUCUCUUUAAGAAGUGUGUCCAUCGUUUGCACUCGUGAUAGUUUAGAGAUCGGGGGGGGGGAAGCAGUUUGCUAAAGAGCUUCCUGCCUUACGUUGUACAGAAGUAAAAGGCUGAGUUUGACUUUUGCACUUUUGUUUUCCUGUUUCUUUUAAUCUGUUUGGAGUCAGAGGCUGCUGCUUUUUAGGGGGUUUGAAGGACAAGUAAAGCCUCAGUCACUGGGAUGUUCCAGUUUAAAUGGGCACCGCUACCCAGUUCUUCUGCUUAACUCCUACCCUGGGCCAGGACAGUUUUGAUGCUUUCCACAGCCUCUUUCCAGUUGGAAAAUUCCAAGUCUGACUAAGGAAGAUGGGACACCAGGAAGGCUGGGGAAAGAUGGUGGAGACCGGCCCUUUAAGAAGGAUACUCUGUGCGGUGCUUUCAUACUGAUUGGGCCUUAGUCAUCUUUCCCAGGGUAUCUGCUGUGCUUUAGUCAUAAUUGGCUCUUGCACCAACUCCAAGGGGACACUUGGGCAGCUGGAGAAAGAUGGAAGAGGCCUGCUCUGUAAGACACAACCCAGAGCCAGUGCUUGAAGCUGGGGAUUCUCAAGGACACCUGGGAAAAUUUGGGUAAGUGCCAGGCUAAGAGCUAAUUGAGCUGGUGCUCCUGGUGUAGGAUCUUUCCCAACCUCCUAUGUAUCCUCUGUGCCUUGGUCAGACUGGUGACAGAUGAUACCUUGGUGGCUGGUGAGAGAUGGUAGAGGCCUGUUCUGUAAAGAAGCUGGUGGGUCUGUGCCAGGGUAAGAGAUAAGGCCUAACAAGUUGCCACUUCCCCAGUGACUGAGGCUCUCCUGCUCCGUUCACUUUCAUUGUGCAUUUUUAACACUACAAAUGAGCAGGUUUUUAAAGCGCAGCAUCCAAUGUUUUAGAUCACUGGCCAUCCCCUUCCUUUGCUAUGGAAUAGUCCACCAGCUGUGUUAUUACAUUAUUGGUUUCAUCCACUUUUUAUAAUUUGAUGCGCCAAGCCUAUGGGAAGAUGACUCGGGCAAUUAGGGACACUUAAAGCCGCCCCCCCCCCCCCCCCCUUGUACAUGGAUAGGAAUAGUCUGAAUUAGAAUGUCUCAUACCGCCUCUGUCUGGGCAGAGAUGGAAAAGGCUGCAACGUCUGUGAUUAAAAGCCAAGAGAUUACUGACCGGUAUAUUGGACCCCAAAUGGUAAAACUGGAAGGAAACCACUGGUGCUGGUUAUUCUGUGCAGUCUCAUGCGAUUGGCUGGUUCCAUCUAUUCACUAUUAGCUUGUUUAGAACAUUGGGGUUCAUGCAUUUCGCCAUCUGAUAAAAUCAUGAUCGGUUUGUCCAGGGACCACAGCUCAUCUCCCCCCCCCUCUUGUCCUGAUGACUUUAUUUUUCAAUCCUUCCCAUCCCCCCAGUACCUUCAGUUACAGUCAGCCACCUGUUUAUAUCUGUGACUAAAGGGAUUUGUUUUGGACUGCUGUACUUUCCCUUGAUGUAACUUAAUGCUAUUAAUCAAAAUAUUUGUAAAUAAAGUACCUGUAUCUAGAUAA